AUGAAAAUCAUUUUAAUCUUAGUUUCUCUUGUUUAUUGUUUCAAUGCAAAAUUAUCAACAAAUAGUAAAUGUGAAAAUUGUCUUGGGAAAAUUCAUACCAAACAAGACCUACAGUUAACCAAGCAAUCCUUAAUUAUUGAUAAAAAUCAAACUUGUUACAAUCGAAAAUAUAAGUUUUUAAUUAUUGUGAAAUCAAGUGGUUUUGUAAAAAGAAAUUUGACACGUUCUACAUGGGCCAAAGAGAUUAUUGAAUAUUAUAGUAUACCUAUUCUAUAUGCUAUUGGUUAUCCGAAAGAUCCUGAUUUGCAAAAAGAUAUUAUUGCCGAAGACCUUAAAUAUCAUGACUUAUUACAAUUCAACAUUCUAGAAAAUUAUUAUAAUUUAACAUUGAAAACCACAAGUGUUUUACUGUGGUACGAUCGGUAUUGUUCGAAAAAUAGUCAGUUUCUUUUAUAUGUCGAUGACGAUGUACUUAUUCAUGUCGAUAAAUUAAUCGUGUAUAUGCAUCGAACGGUUAACAAUGAUUCCAUUCAAGGUUGGUUCGAAAAAUCAGUACAUAUUCAACGUGAAGGUAUGGGUGGAGUAUCAGUAGAUGAUUUUCCUAUUGAUUUCGUACCAGAUUAUUUAUGGGGUGCAGCAGUAGUAUAUCCGUCACAUAUAAUAUCGAAUCAAUUGAUUGGCGCUAUAUUUAAUUCAACGGUACCUAUAUUUUUUCGUGAUGAUGUUUUCAUCAAUGGAUUUAUGGCUCACCAAGCUGGAAUAAAACGAGAACAGAUGAAAGGAAUCGUUUUAUAUGAUCGACGACGAAAUGAUUUAUUUUGGAACAUGAUAGUUAUUUAUUUUAAAGAUGAAGAAAGCUUUGAAAAUGUUUGGAGUUGUUAUAAAAAUGGUACUAACUGCAAUCAGAAUCUGGCUUUGUUAUUACUUAUAGGUAUCUCUGGAACAUGUCUAUUUAUUAUAAUAAUUGGCUACUGUUGUAAAUGCUUUAAGAAAACAGUUUAUUGUGAUCAAUUAGAACAUGAGCGCUGCCAGUGUUUCUACGAAUACUAUCAAUUGUGCAAGCGAAACAUUAAUUUAAUGUCAAUGAUGAAUAGAGAACUCUAUUCGAAGACUACAAUGCAACAAGCUUCUUUGAUUCUUCAAUUGCUGAUUAAUUUAAGAGCAAUGUGUUUAAGGAUAGUAGUUUUUCUAAUUGUUUUAUGUACAGUCUAUUAUUUCUUAUCUAAGAAAUUAAAUACGGGUUGA